ACAUAAUAUAUUAUUUGUAGAAAUCAUAGAAAUCGUAUAAAAUGUUUAAACAUGGCUUCACCUAGUGAUGGAGAAACGAAGUUUGGAAAAGUUUCGAAGUGCGAGGAUUGACGUCACAAACGAUGUGCUGAGUUACGAUGGUGGACAAAGUCAGAAGGUUGGUUGUUUCCUGAUGUCACUUCCUCUCAACGAAGAAAUGGAAUAUUUUGAACUUGAGAUUCUGAGUACUGGAGUGUCGGGACGCAUCACAAUCGGUCUCGCCCCCUACGAUUACCCGUUGGAUUGCCAACCUGGAUGGAAGUAUGGCUCGGUUGCGUACCAUGCAGACGAUGGGAGGCUAUUUAAAUGUACAGGAGCUGGUACCCCAUUCGGACCCAGAUGUAAAGUGGGUGACAGGAUGGGGUGCGGGGUGCGCGCGGUCGAGCAGGACGACGGGUUUAACCACGACCUCUUGAUGGCGCUACCGAUCACCUCUGUGGAAGUUUAUUUCACAAGGAAUGGAGAGGAAGUUGGCACGACAACGAUGUUGUUGUCGGAGAAUGGUGGAGGGCUCCACCCAGCGGUGGGAAUGCACUCCGGGGGUGAAUCGGUGAAGUUGUGCGUCCUCCCCGAGGACCUAUGGAAGAACCCGAGUGUUGUAGAUGAUUUUAUGUUGGUUGACGGGACGGAGGAAGACUGGAUGAAAGUUCAUGAUGUUAAGAUUAAUGGACAGGUUAUAGAAUAUCAUGGCAAUGGUUCAAACAUACACGAUGUUGGUCUCGCACAAGCUAAACAUCCACUUACAACAACCAACCAUUACUUUGAGAUUGAAAUAUUGGAGCCGGGGCAGCAUUGUUACAUUGCCAUCGGGUUGACACAUAAGAACUACCCCCUCCAUCGUCACCCUGGUUGGAACGCGGGUUCCGUAGCUUACCACGCUGAUGAUGGGAAGAUAUUUCUUGGGAAAGGUCAGGGCACGAUAUUCGGUCCCAGGUCUUAUCGGGGGGAUAUUAUUGGGUGUGGGAUCCAAUUCCCAUUAAAUUAUACGACACCUAGUGAUGGAGAAGAGGAAGUUGGUGAGGAACCACGGCCCGUUGAAGAAGGUUUAUACGAAUUUAUCCGUAAAUACAACGACGAUGGGGAUGAGUUCCACGACGCAAACGAUAUUUUGAUCGAUUUACUCGAUGACUUGGAUGACCAUCAUGAAGAGGACUUCGGAUCGAUGGAUGAAGAUGACUAUGUUUGGCCACAAGGGGGCAGAGUACCUCCUGCUGGUGUGUUGCCCCCUGCUGUGUUGGGACGAGAGCAACGUUGGUUCGACGAUGGGAUUCCCCCCCGACAUUUGCGACGAGGGGCUCAAUUAAGGGGAAAACCCCCCGUACCCCAUGCUGCGCUGAUAUAUGGGCCGAGGGGUAAAGGGAUGUUGGUUAAGGUAUUCUUCACACGUAACGGACAACACAUCGGCCACAAAGAGGUCAUGACCCCGAAAGGAGGUUUCUAUCCCUCUAUUGGAAUGUUAAGUUGCGAUGAAAAAGUUCGCGUUGAUUUACGACCAAUGACCGGCUGAUCAAUCAUGUUCCACUUCAAUGUAAAUCGUGUUUUAUGUAUUUUGCGCAAAUAAAUAAGUUACAAAGC